AUAAAUAAACGGCAGCCCUAAAAGGAAUUUCAAAGUGGAAUAUUGAAAAAGUUUUAGUCAAAAUUUAGACGAAGCUGUAAUUUUUUUGUCAGAUGUUAUUUUAAUCAAUAAAGCAGAAAUUUCAUAAGUUAGUCUUCUAUUUGUUUUUCAAAAGAAACGUAGAUAUUAUAUAAUUAAUGAGAAAAAUAUUUAAAUCAAAAUUCGAAAUAUAUUUAAUCGAGAAUUGAUACAAUUACUAAGCCAACCUCUAAUAAGCAAUGUUAGUGUAUGGAAUUUACAUAGUUAGCAAAUCUGGUGGGUUGAUUUAUAAUUUAGAUCAUAGUGUGUUUAAAAUAGAAAAUGAAAAAACAUUUGGAUAUCCUUUGGACCUCGUAUUAGAAUACGAUACAAAAAAAAUUUCAAUAAUUUUUGGGCGAAAAGAUGGUUUAAAUGUUGGUCACAUUUUGACCACAGUUAAUGGUGUUGCAGUGAACGGAGAAAUUCUGGAGGAUGGUCGAGCAGUAAAAGAUAUUGUACAAAAUCAAAGCAAUUAUCCCCUGAAUUUAAAGUUUGCAAGACCGAAAAUGACAACUAAUGAAAAAAUUUUUCUAGCAAGCAUGUUUUAUCCAUUAUUUGCAAUAGCAAGCCAGUUGAGUCCAGAACCGAAGUGUUCAGGAAUAGAAAUAUUAGAAGCCGAUACAUUUUGUCUCUACUGUUUUCAAACACUAACAGGUGUGAAAUUUAUGCUGAUAUCCGAAAGUGGAAUUACUAAUAUUAAUGUUUUGCUAAAAAAAAUUUAUGAAUUGUAUUCAGAUUUUGUUUUAAAAAAUCCUUUUUAUUCGCUUGAGAUGCCGAUCAGGUGUGAGCAGUUCGACCUAAAACUGAAAUCGCUAUUAGAUCAAGUAGAAAAAAAUGGGUUACAAAAUAUUGAUAAGUAAAACCAAGACGAAAAUUAAUAAAAGUAUUGAGAGUUCAAUGAUGUCUUUAAGUACAUGAGUGCCCAGUAAAAUGUGACACUCCAUACACCAAAAGUAUACAAAACUAUAUACCAAUAGUGUAUGAAACUUUGUAUACUAAUGGUUUACGAAACUCUAUGUAUGAAUAUUAUACAAAACUGUUGUAUUAUAUAGGUAUAUGUACAUAUAUAUUUUAAUAAUUUUAAAUAACUCACCGAAAAUGCAAGAUAUUUAUUUAUAGUUUAAUUAAUGCCAUACAUAUUUAUAAGGGCACCAAUCUCAGAAGUAACCCAAAAAUAAAUUCCAAAUUUAUAGAGUUUAAAUGGAA